AUGGAUGUGAAGCCAACUGAUCCACAGGGACGAAUGGAUCUCAAGCCCAAUCAUACUCUCUAUAUCAACAAUCUCAACGAGAAGGUCAAGAAAGAAGAAUUAAAAAAGGCUCUUCACGCUAUCUUCACUCAAUUUGGAGAAAUCAUCUCGAUCUUGGCAUUCAAAACUCUUCGAAUGCGUGGACAGGCUCACAUCAUUUUCAAGGAGGUUUCUUCUGCCGCAAACGCUUUACGAUCCAUGCAAGGAUUUCCGUUUUAUGAUAAACCAAUGAGAAUUCAAUUUUCUCGCGACGAUAGCGAUGUUAUUGCAAAGGUAAAAGGCACAUUUGUUGAACGUGCCAAGAAGUAUCAACAACGAGUGAAGAAAGUAAAGAAGGUUCCAACACGCAAGCCGGAGAAUGACACUUCAGCUCCACCAAACAAAAUUCUGUUCUGUACAAAUCUGCCCGAUGAAACUACAACGGACGUUCUUGAGCUUCUCUUUAAGCCGUUCCCUGGAUUGCGUGACAUUCGAAUGGUGCCAAAUCGAACAGGAAUCGCUUUUGUGGAGUUUGAAUCGGAGACUGAGGCCGGUGCCGCUCGUGCUGCUCUAGACAACUUCAAAGUUACGCCCAUAUGUCGGUCGGGACGCUUUGCAAAUUACUUUGGGUUUCUUCAAAUUCAGCAUCAGUCUUCCAUCACUUCUAAAAAAUGCUGGAAUUGUUCAAAGGAAACGCAAUCAGCUUUCUUCUGUGAUUCGUGCAAUAAAAUACAGCCAGUUGUAGCGAAAAAUCUCUUCACCUACGUCAACUUGCCGAAGAAAUUUGAAAUAGACGAGGAAUCGUUUAAGAAAAACUUUCACAAACUGCACCUGCAUUUACAUCCGGACAGAUUUGCACAUGCAACAGAUGUGGAACGAUCAAUGUCUGAAGAGCAUUCCCGAAUGUUGAACAUCGCAAUGAAAACUUUGGGCGAGAAGCUAGAAAGAGCAAAGUAUCUACUCGAAACGGAAGGAAGCCUCAAAAUUGGCGAAGACGAGAAGAUGCACUUGGAUCCCGAAGAAUUGAUGGAGGUUCUCGAUUGGCAAGAAAGCAUAAGUGAAAUGGAGGAAGAAUGUAUGUUACAAGAAGAAAAAAGCAAAGUUACUAAAGAGAUAAAUACGAUUUUCACCGAUUUGACCCAAAAGUUGGCUUCAUCGAGUUGGGAGGACGCAAAGCGACUAAUUAUUCGUUUACAAAAGGAUCCGUGCUCUUGUGCCAACGCCGAUGAGAUCUCGGUCUCACAUUAUGCACUCCGCUGGCAGGUUCAUUUCCCACUUCGAAUGCUCAUCGGGAAUGUGACAAUCACAGCCAAAGUUCUCAAAAACACUCAACAAUUGUUGUUGGACGUUCGUGAUCUCUCGAUUCGCUCGGUGUCGGUGAACGGGAAAAACGCGGAUUUUUCGCAUCGCUCCAAAUGUGUACACUUUCUUCCGAUCAAAGAUGAAGAUCUCGUUGCCGACCGAUUGCACGAAAGGGACAAGAAUUCUAUUGGAGAAGAAGGAUCAAAGGGUGACGAUGAAGAGACGACGCUUUCUUCUUCAAGCAACCCGUUGCAAUUCCAUCAUAUCUCUUGGCUAUUGUGUUGUCGGGUGUGCUUGAGAAGAGAGACAUUUCUGAUCGGAGUCUGCGCUGUUUGGGCUGAAACCAUCGAUGGU